UCUGACGUAGCCUACUGGCAAACAGGUUGCUUUAGCGGCGGCAGCAGCAGCCGGAGCAGGAGGAGUUUGUUCAUGUCUGCAGUGUAUUGUGAAACAUAUUCUGGGAUGCAACACGGCAAGUGAGCACACGCAUCUCUUGAUAAUCGAAGGGUACUUUAGACGUCGCUUCUGAUAUCUCGCCUGGACCUUCCUCCAUUCUAGCAGUAUCCUCUAGGCCACCCAGGAAGUCAAAAUGGCCCUCUCCACAGACAGGAAGCCUCCACUUGACUACGGCGUCCAGAUCCGCUUCAUCAAGGACCUCCAUGACACUGGCGGGGGCUACCCCGAGAAGACCAGAGGGGGCAGCGGCGCCAUGCCCCCCUCCAACAAGUACGGGGUGGCCGUCCGGGUACAGGGCAUCUCCGGCCAGCCCUACGUGGUGCUGAAGGAUGGGGAGAAGGGCGACUCGUAUGGGGUGCAGCUGAAGACCCAGCAGGCCCAGUCACAGAACCCCAACUUGGGCCUCUCCUCGCCCUACAACAGUCUGCCCCAGAGGAAGGAAGGGGGGGGGAUCCAGAACCCUUACACCCCUACUGGACAAACACUCAGCUUUCCGGUCUCUCCAAAGUCCACACCAGAGGGCGAGGGCAGGGAGGACUUUGGGAGUCCUUUCAAGAGACCUCCUGGGGAUGGCCAGGCUGGGAGCCAGAGAGAGGGUGAGGGUGGGCCCCGGAGGGAAGGACAGAUGAAGGUAAAGGUCAAGGAAGAACCCAGUCCCACAGCAGCAGAACCCUACAGAGUGGAUAUGAAGGAGAGAGGUUGGGUCAAUGGGGAGGAAUUUAAUGAGGCAGGGCUCAAACCGGUUAGUCCCAGAGGGGCCAGACAGAAUGGGGUGGGGCUCGGUGGUUUGCUGGGCAGAAAUGGACUUGAUUCGUCCAUCCCAGAACCCCCUCCUCCAGCGUCGUUCAAUGAGGCGAUUGUUCCUGCCAUCGACAAGACCUCCCUGGCGCCUAUCAACAAGCUGAUCAGCAAGUUCAACAUUGGCACUCCUACUGGACAGAGUAGGGGGCGCUCCGGAACAAGGCUGCGGCUCAAGUUCGAUGAACGCAGACGCUCCAGAAGUCUGGAUGCUUGCAAAGACGUUCAUCGUGAGGUCUCCCCUCCUUCGCCAACUCCCAACACUACCUCCUUGCUCUUCUCCACCUCCUCAUCCACGUCAUCCACACCUCCGUACAGUAGCCUAGGAAUGAGCCCUGUCUCAGUUGCCAAGGCGACAGCCCUCCCUGGCCCCAAAAUGAGCUUCAUAAAGUCACCUGGGAAGUUAGUCAAGGAUACCCCUCCUGCCAUCCCACCAAAGAAGACAGGGAUGCCGGCCCCUCGGAGGAAUCCGAGUGUAGAGGUCAUCAGUGGAGAGGAACCACAAACCAAACAAGCUGUCUACACCAUCCUGAAAGAGGGGACCAGUGAGAGUGAUUUAUCCAUCAAACGUAAAGGCAACCUAGUCUACGAGAUGACCACUGGUGCUAAGGUUCCUCCUAAACAAGGGUCUCAUGAGAAUCUGAAGAAGGAGUUGGAGCAGCGUCUGAAUGAGAACCACCAGCUUCAGGAACAACUGGACCGCAACAAAACCGAACUACAGAUGGCCCAAGAAGAGUUGACCCAGCUGCGGAUGGCCAGAGAGGGGGCAGAGUCUCGGGUGCGUCAACAGGAAGACCAGCUGGCUGAGCUUCAGGAGGAGCUGAGGGGAAUGCCAGAGAACACACCACAAACCGACUCCAUGUCACUGCAGACGGAUGUGAUGUCGUUGCAGGCGGACCUGGCGGAGGCGGCAAUGUUGCGCCAGCGUCAGGAGGAGGUACUGCGUCAGAGGGAGAGAGCGCUGACGGCCCUGAAGGGGGCGCUGAAGGAAGAGGUCGGGAGCCACGACCAGGAGAUGGAGGCCCUCAGGGAGCAGUACAGCCAGGACAUGGAAACCCUGAGAAGCACCAUGGAACAGGUGUCACAGUCCCAGCAGCAGAUUGAGGAGGAGAGGCAGAGGGUGAAUGAUGCCAUGCUCUGCCUGGAGGAGGAGCUAGAGAGCUGCAGGGACCAGGGAGGCCAGUGGAGGAAGCAGCUGGAAACCACCACAGAGGAGCUUCACAGCAACAAGCAGGAGCUCAUGAGAGCACGUUUGGAGAAGGAAGAGUUUGAGGGGGAGCUGAAGGAGCUUCAGGAUUCACUGAUGUCCAUGAAGAAGCAGAUGCCCGGCUUUGACGAGGCAGACUCUUAUGCAGAGGAUCUUCAGCGUUGUAAUGAUGAUAUCAAGCAGGCUCGCACGGAGGUCGACAGACAAAAGGUUGAGCUAAAUGAGAAGGAGGCGGAGCUUCAAGCCCUGAGGAGGGCUAGCCAAGUACGGGAGUCUGAAUUGAGGUCAGAAAAUGACCGACUGAAGAACCAAUUACGGCAGGGGAAAGAUGAGCUCGAAAUGGCACUUGAGAAGGCAAAGCAGUCGUCAGGUGGGUCCUCACCAUUGGAUCAGGGGAGUCUGGAGCUUCAGGAAGCCAACACAAGACUGAGAGAGAGACUGACUCUCAUGACGAGGCUUCACUCCAGCGUGCCCCAGAGCUCGGAGGCUGAGCAGGCACUGGAAGAUGAGAACCGCUCCCUGAGGUCCCAACUGGAGGAAGCCAGGCGAGGAGCCUCCCGUCUGGGCAAGGACAGGGAUGAGUUGGGCCAACGGCUGGAGGAGAGAGAUCUGGAGAGAGAUGCGCUGCGCAAGGGCAAGAGUGACCUGGAGGAGCAGAAGAGACUGUUAGACCGGGCCCUGGAGAAGAUUAGCAAGGAGAUGGAGGUGAUGCUGGGGGACUCCCGUCAGUCGGUGCAGGCCCUGCAGAGCCAGAUGGAUGAAUACAGGGAGCGCUCCAGGAGAGACCUACAGGAUGCCCAGCGGCAGGGCAAAGAUCGACUGGCUGAACUGCAGAGGGCCCAGGCCAACUUGAAAACACUGCAGGAAGAGGUUUCUCGUUUGAAGAAAGAGCUGCUGGUGUGUGGAGAGGAGAGGGACAGCGCCCAGCUGGAGAGAGACCUGCUCAGCAGCCGCCUCAAACAUCUGGAAAGCGAACUGGAUUCUGAGAGGAGCUCUCAGACGGACCGCAACAGGGAACUCAGAGGCCUGGAGGACAAAGUGAAGACGAUGGAAAUUGAAUUGGAUGAGGAGAAGAGCAGCGUGGAGCUUCUCAAUGAUCGUGUUGCACGCAGUCGAGAACAGAUUGACCAGCUGCGUGGAGACCUGAUGAAGGAGCGCUCAACCGUACACGACCUGGAGAUGGACAAGAGUGUCCUAGAGAGACAGGUGAAGGAGUUGAGGUCCCGUGUGGCAGACAUGGAGACACAGUUCCGUCCCUCCACUGGAAUGACUUUGUUAGAGGGUAAAGUGCAGGAGCUGGAGGAGAGGCUACACAGUGAAGAGAGAGAGAAGCUGAGUAUCCAGGCCUCCCAGAGGAGAGUAGAGAGAAAGCUGAAGGAAAUAAUCGUCACUCUGGACCAGGAGAGGAACCAGCACGCUGAGCAACGAGACCAGCUGUCCCUGCGUGUGAAGGCCCUGAAGCGUCAGCUGGACGAGAGCGAAGGCGAGGUGGAACGACUAGAGGGGGUCCGCAGGAAGGCUCUUAGGGACCUGGAGGAGCAGCAGGAGCUGCAGGAAGCACUGCAGGCCAAAGUCACAGCACUGGAGUCUGAGAAGCGGAAGGUGUAUCAAACGCGUCGACCUGUCCUGGGAGCCUCCAACCUCAGUUCUGAGGACGAGGACGGUUUUUACGACAACAGCAUCGCCUCCAUCCUCACUGAGGGACAAUUACAUACCACCAACUGCUAGGGAGAGAUUUUUUCAUAUAUUAAAUUAAUAGAUUCAAAUAUAACUGGUUAUAGAGGGAGGUACUCAGGACUCUACAUGAAGUAGCUAACAUGCCAAGCACUACGAAAUUGACUUGCAGUUAUUUUUCUGGUUUUAUGAGAACUAGAUUGCUGUGUCAGAGGUUGGUUGCCAGUACAAUCAACUGUCAUCCUGGCACCAUAAUUUCCUUUUCUUUUGUCAGUUAAAAUAUGAGCUAUUUUGUAGAUUGACUAAGCCAAGGGCCCAAAGAACUCUGGUCAAAAGUAGUGCACUGUAUAGGGAAUAGGGUGCCAUUUGGGACACACACAUGAACUUGGAAUCACAGGGUUUUGCUGUGCCUCAACUUGACUUUGAUGUUUUAUAAGAAUACUUACUUGAGUGUUUUACAGCACCUUUACACUGACUUGUGGUGGGAUAUUAACACAGCAGAAAAAGUUUCAAUGCAGUACGUAGUUUAAAUUCUUGGCAAGCCUUUUCACAUGCACAUGCGUGUUCACACGCAAUCUCUCUUCUGAUACUUUUUUAUUUUAUUUAACUAGGAAAGUGCGUUAAGAACAAAGUCUUACUUACAAUGACGGCCUACCAAAUGGCAAAAGGCCUCCUGUGGAGUCGGUGGCUGGGAUUGAAAAUAAAAUAAAAAAUCUAGGACAAAACACGCAUGAAUAGAGAGACAACACAGAGCGACCAAAGAGAUACAUGCUACUCUCAAACCAAAAGGUGGCAAACAUAUUGGUCACUUAUGACAGUUGAGUUAUUUUCGGUACAAUGUUGUUGUAUUUACAUGGGCAUGUUAAGCUGUACUUUAUCGUACAGUGGCUUCAAGUGGUCGAUGCAGGUGCUCACAUUCACCUUCCUUUGGUUUUGGUAUUCUUUGUGGUUAUUUUGACUUUUGACUGUACUGUGAGGGCUGUGUACUUUUCUGGGGCUUACACUUUCCUACUCUUCCUGCUGUAUACAUCAGAUAUUUAUGACAAUCCGCUACAUGCACAAUGGUUUGAAUCGUGGGUGAAUCCCACUCCAUCUCUAUUCUUUCCAUUACCUCUCACCCUUCUUUAAUAGCCUUUCUCUAUCCUGUUCCUUAUUUUAUGUUUAAGUAUUUAUCUCGUUGGUCUGUGCAAAUGUUUUCACUCGAAUGCCUUAAAAUUAUUUCUGUAAUUGUAGUGGUUAUUUAUUAAUACUGAUGCUGUAGUUGCUACUAUUGUCGUUUGUACCGUUUGUAUGUUUCCUUCAGAUGCAGCUACAAGUUAUUUCAAGAGUAACUUGUCAGUGCUUGAAUCUGCUUUCCUACCAACAGAGUAAUCAUAUGAUUGGAAGUGCAAUAGUACAUUUCUUCUCAUUAUGCCUGCCUUUUAAUGAAUGUACAAUGAACUUUUCUCCCUUAAGUACAUUUGCUGAGAUUUUUACUUUGAAUGUGGUAGUUCUCAGUUGUCUUUCUGGGGCAACUUUGCCCAGGUUAUGAAGUUUUUACUGUUUAUUGUAACAUUUGAUGUGGUAGAAAUCUGCUUGUGUUUUACCAGUAUUUUGACACUUUGGUAUUUCAAAUAAAUGUUGGACUUUG